CGACCGUCAGGUUCCGGAACUCUUCUUUUUUCCAACUACUUCCCCGGUAUCGUUACUCGUGCUCAUGAAGAUUCUGGCGUUGUUCUCCGUCUUGCUCGUCGCUUGGGCGGCGGCACAGCAAUACGAUGACUACGGCGACGGGGGCGGUGCCUACGAGCCCGACAAUUUGUACGCCGAUUACGCCGCCAAGCAACAGCAAAAAGCCGUCGGCGCCGGAGGUGGCGGUGGCGGUUUGACCAAAAUGGUCCUGGGCGGGGCCGUGGGUUGGUUCCUUGGUGGCAAGGUACACACCCGGCGACUCCAGAAAAAACUCAACGCAAAACACAAGGAAGAACAAAAGGCCUUGUAUCAGCAAUACUACAACGACGUGUAUACGCUGCAAACGCAAAAUGCGGAACUGAUACAGGCUUUGGAACAAGUCGGGGCACGUAUGCGGUAAACUAGCGGUAAAACCAGCACCUCUUGUACCAUCGCUUGUGGUUAGAGAAAGGAUGGCUCGACCACUCGUUGGGAUCCUCCACAUUUGGUAUAUGGGUGUACGCUAAACUGCAGUACCGUAUCC